GGAGGAGGCGGACACACUGCAAAGGGAGUUUCAGCGUUCAGUCCAUUCAGGCUGUUUACCAGUUCAGAGCCCAAAACAACAGCACGACUGCAGUGUGUUUGUUUGGAGAGCAGUGUGGCUCUAUUCACCACAGGCUCUUCGAUUAAAACGGAGCGGUUUUGUGCCGACUCGUCGAGAAUAAAAAGUGUUCUUGUUGUUAAUAACAUCGACGAAUAGAAAAAAUGUUUCGACUGCUUUACUUUGUGCUACUGCUGAACUAUGGUUUGGUGAGCUGCUUGUCUGUUGUUGAAGAUUGUAUAUUUAAUGGCGAGAAGUACAGGGGAAUGCAACAGAAGACAUCCUCGGGGAAUAUAUGUCUCAACUGGAGGAGUCUAAACCUGAAGUUCACAGACUCACAGACGGAAGAUGUUGGGAAUCACAAUUUCUGUCGUAACCCAGAUGGUUCAGAGAAGCCUUGGUGCUACGUCUCUGGGUCCAGUGGAGAAACCAGAAAAGAAGCAUGUGAUAUUAAGAUAUGCCAAGACCAAAACUCCACAGAAUCUACGCCUCCAGAAGUGUCUGUCCCCACUCAGGGACUCACCCCAAGGAUGGUGGAGACCUUUGAACCCGUAAACUCCUUCCCCUCACAGGUGGAGGGUGCAGCGGUGCAGCCCGUGAAGGGAGUGCGCCAGCUGGCCAGGAGUGAACCUAAGAAGAAAAAAGAUCUCGGGACUCUUGGUUAUGUUCUCGCCGUCUUCAUGAUGGCCAUUAUCAUCCUACUUGGAGGUGGAAUCACGAUGGGAUACUUCUACAAACGGGGUCGUGACCUCAAGAAACAGCACGAGCAACGGGUUUACGAGCGUGAGAUGCAUCGCAUCACUCUUCCUCUCUCUGCCUUCGCCAAUCCCACCUGCGAGCUGGUGGACGAGAACACCAUCGUCAUCACGGCUGAGGCGAACAACCUCACCCCCACUCAGGAGCCCGCAGACGGGGCCGACCCUCUCAUGGGGACAGCGGGGACCCCUGGAGCCUGAUGGAGGAACAGAAUGAGUGCCUCGAUGCACUGCAGAAUCUCAAAGGACAAAACUCCACGUCCACCUCCCUCUGCCUGUCGUCUCUUUUCUCUUUACCUUGCCUUUACAGCACGGUUUCACGGUUAGGGUUGGGCACGUGCCCCGAGAGAGCGGUGGAAAGAUUUUUUGGGAUCCCAGACUGUGUCCUUAUUUCCUCAACGAAGCUGUUGGGGAAAGUAGGACAUGUGGGGAUACAUUGGAAAUGGUGAAAUGGUGGUUUUGUAUAAAUAUGCAUGUCAGGGAUUCGCCUGGAGAAAAAAUUGCAAGAACAUUUUGUGCAGAUCAUCACAGGGCAUGAAUAAUCCCUGCUUGUUAAAACUCCAAUGAGAGGGCGACUGCUCCGUGUCCUCUUGAGAAGUGGCGGUGGAUCAGAUUAUCUGAUGUUUUGGUGUUUUGAAACAGAAGACAAUCCAUUCUAAUCUUCUGUCUUGCCUUUUUCUUUGAUUUUGUCCCUAAAUGCUUUUGUGGUGGAGUUGAAACUGAAAUUGUAAAUGUGUAACAAUCUGUUGCGCCACAGCUGGGCUGUUCACUCUAUAGGGAGCUUUGGUUCACAGUUAGAGCUAAUUGACUUCAUUGCAUUUGAUGGCUCUUUCCCAGAAAUUCAUAUUGAAUAGGCAGAUCAUGUGGCCUGGGACGCUAGAGCUAAGCCUGGUGAAGGUUUUGACUAAAUGAAGAGGAAAGCUUUCCAGAGAUCUUGCCUUGGUAAAUUACAUUUGAAUGUAUUAUUGCUUCUGUGGCCAAAAUCUGACAACGAGCAAGUGAGUGCUCUCAUAGCAAACCAAUCAGAAUGGGUCUGAUUUGUGGUCUGGUUACAUUUUUCAUCAUAUCAAUGCUCAUAUCAUGUUCCUGACCAUACAGAUGAGCUGAAAUAAGACAAUGGACAAAAGCUGAGAAUGGGAUCGCAUAAGAGUAUGAUAUUCCAUUAAGGCAAUAGAAUUCAAAGACUGAAAGAGAGUGCAAGAUGACGAUUAAAAUAAUAUAGAGAUUUUGCAGAGAUUGUAGUUUAUGAAAUGGGACUUUAUGUAUACAUUUGUUUUCCCAUGGUUUAUUAGACUGUACAACUGUUUAAAGUUCCAGAAAAUAUUGUAUUUUUAUUUUUGGCAGUUUUUUUCCUGCUGUGAAAUAAAUGUUUGAAAUUA